AUGUGUGGCUCCGAUUGUUUCCUGAUGCUCCUCAGCGUCCUGUUCCCACCGAUAGGUGUCUGGGUGAAGAAGGGCAUUUGUAGCGCCGAUUCGCUCAUAAACCUCGGCCUCUCGUGCCUAGGCUUCCUCCCCGGUCUCCUCCACGCCUGGUAUGUGAUUCUGCAGAAUCCAGACCCAUACGACGCAUACCAGGCCGUGCCCGAUCGCGAAAAUGGAAGGACCGCCGACGGAAGGGUGACAUACUAUGUGAUUUCGCACGAACAAGCGGGUGGCAGACCUGCGAACUAUGGUACUGUGGCAUCUCAGCCGAGCAAUGGACAGUUCCCAGGACAGCAGAGCGGCGUGACAAACAGCUUUGCACCGCCACAAGGACACAAGAGCGCAAAUGGCAGCGGACCUGCUGCGCCUGCGCCGGCAAAUGGAGGUGGCGAGGGAAGCUCAAGUCAGCCCGAGGGUCCACCUCCGACAUAUGCAGAUGCCGUCAAGGGCGACCACAAGAUACAGGACCAGUAG